AUGCAUUUAAGGCUGUCAAAUGAUGAUCUCUCUGUUGCUCUGGUCCAAAAACCGUCUGGAAAGAAGGAUGGUAAAAGAAUUUUGUAUAACUGGAAUGAUGCUGAGAUCAAAACAAUUGCAGAAGCCGCUGAGGCCACUCAGGUGGAGAUUUGCAAAAUCAUAUGUACUAUUGAAGCAAUAGAUACAGAUUGGUCUUGGUUCUACAUUGGUUGUAACCGGCACCAAAAACGUGUCAAUAAGAUUCCUAAUGUUGAUUAUGGAAGGAUGACAAAAAACGAUAAGCCUUUGUUUCAUUGUGAACAUUGUCGUUCUAAUAUCAAUACGGUUGGACCCAAAUUCAAGCUACAUUUGGUUGUCAAAGAUGACUCUGCAACAUGUAAUUUGAUGUUUCUAGGCUCUGUUAGUAAGUCUAUCGUUGGAGUGGAUGCUGAAGAAUUAUGUGAUGGCUCUUAUGAGGAGAUACUACCAGAACCUAUUCUUAGUUUGGUCGGAAAGUCUUUCUGUUUUGGUAUUUCCAUAACCUCAGACAAUGUCACAAAUGGAUCAGACACUUUUGUUGUUUUAGAGGUUUGUUCUGGAGAUAAAGUUCUUACUAUCGAGACUGACUCUCAAUCUAAUUAUGAUAUGGUCACAACUUCUUCUACCAUGUCAUCUGGAUCAGCCAUGAUGUUGGAUCAAAUUUCCUCUGAUGAGUGUCCAACUCCUAUAACAAAGCGCAAGGAAGAUGAUUAUGACCUACAGGACCUAACAUCUUCUUCCAAGAAACAAUGCAUCAAGAUAGUCAAACAAGAGAAGACCAAGAAUGAUUAG